GAGCAAAAUCAUUUGAAUUACGCCGCCAUGUGGUUAGGAAGAGUAUCGUCCAAGUCAUCAUCUAAAUUCUCCACCUUUUCGAUUCCCUAUCACCCUUUUCUCGUACCCAGAUUCAAUUCCGACAAUGUCAGCCACCAAGCAAGACACUUUUCCGGCAAUCCCGACGACGCAAUCGCACUAUUUGACAGAAUGCUCAGAACGCUGCCGCCCCCUUCCGUUUUCGCAUUCAAUAAAUUACUGACUGCGCUUGUGAAAAAGGAACAAUACUUCGUUGCACUCUAUCUGUUCGACGAAAUGCUCCAGAGAGAUAUCCCAGAAAAUCUCUGCACAUUAAACAUUGCAAUUGAUUGCUACAGCCGAUUGAAAAGACCCGAGCUUGGGUUUUCGAUCUUAGGCAGUGUACUGAAGCGUGGGUACGAGCCGGAUGUUGUGACGUUUAACACUCUGAUCAAAGGGCUUUUGUUGGUCGGGAAGAAUCUCGAAGCGGCAAACUUGUUGAAGAGGCUGUUUACUGAGUCACUUUGUAAGCUUACUGAUGAAUCUUCUAGUCUUAGUGUAAUCAGUAGGUUGUGUGAGCCUGAUAUGUUAAGUUUACUGAAACGGGGAUGGCGGAAAGCUCGGGUUUAUGAUUACUACGCUGUGAUUGUCGAUGCGAUGGAUAGUGCGGGCGUGUCACCCGAUACUUUAGCGUAUAAUUCGAUAAUUAAGGGGCUAUGCGAGAUGAGUAGAUGGAAUGAGGUCGAGAACAUGUUAAAGAAGAUGGUGGCGAGUAAGGUGUACCCGGAUUUGAAUACGUACAAUAUGUUAGUGGAUGCUCAUUGCAAAGAGGGGAGGGUGGAAGCAGCUGAGCAUGUUAUGAAGAAUAUGAAUGUUGAACCUGACAUUGUGACGUAUAAUUCGUUGAUUCAUGGAUAUUGUUUGAAUGGUAGAAUGAAUGAAGCCGGAAGCAUAGUGGAAAUUGCAUUGAAAUCGGGGAUCAAGCCUAGUAUUGUAACGUAUAACACCUUGAUGAACGGGCAUUGCAAAAAGGGGGGAGUGGGUGAAGUCUUCCGUCUUUUUAUGGAAAUCCAAGCGCAAGGGCUUGAGCGCGACGUGGUUUCUUACAACAUAAUGUUGGAUGCCUUGUGCAAGUCGCGUCGUAUCACUGAAGCAUUUUCGGUGUUCAAUACAAUGGAAGUUGAAGGCGUUGUUCCUGAUAUAGUCACUUAUAGUGUUCUCAUUGAGGGAUUGUGCAGUGCUCAUUGCUUUGCUAAAGCUUUUUCUGUCUUGAAUAAGAUAGAGGACACAGGUAUCGAUUUCGACACUGUAAUAUAUAACACUCUAAUUAAGGGAUUGUGCAGUGCUCAUUGUUUUGACGAAGCCUUUUCUGUCUUGCGUAAGAUAGAACACAAAGGUCUCGAUCCCGACAUUUUUACAUAUAACAUUUUGAUUAACGGAUUGUGCAAGGAUGGAAAGGUUAAACAGGCGAAGGAUUUGUUCAGUGUGCUUCCAUCCCCCGACGUUAUAACCUAUAAUAUUCUCAUUGGUGCACUUUGCAAAGAAGGGGAGAUGGAAGAGGCUAAGGUUUUGAUGAAGAAGAUGGUUUACAACAACUGUUUGCCUGAUAGAAUAACGUGCAAUGUUUUGGUUCGUGGUCUUCUGAAAAAUAACAUGAUACACGAUGCGAUUCAACUGUUGGAAGAGAUGGAUUCGAGGGGAUUCACAAUUGAUGCCACCACUUUAUCAAUGAUGGAAAGCCGAGGAAUUAAAUCUGUGAGGCAGAGUGUCAAGAGAGAAUCAAGAUACCAGGAUGACAAAUAGAGAGAGAGGGUGGAAAGACAUGGGAAAAUGAGGUGGAAGUGGUUGAAGAAUGAAGCUUGAUAAAGGCUACAUCUCCAUACUUCGUUACUGACCACAAAAACCAAAAACGUGUGGUCAUCGAAGUUGAACAGUAAUCUUGUUUGUGCGACAAUUGUGAUUCCAAUUUUGAAAGGUCAGAAAUCAGGACGCGAAGAGGAGGUCGAAUGAGGCUAAGAAUUGGAGCUAAGGAUGGAGAGUGGAGGAAAAACAGAAUAAAUUCCCAUUUUCAGAAGCUUUCACUCAGGCCGAGUGACAUUCGUGCUUCCAGAGGUUUUCACUCGGGCGGGUAAUUUAGUGCCAAAUUGCAUCUCGAAGAGUGACAUCCGCGUCUUGACUCAAGUAGCCCCUACUCGGCCGAGUGGAUUUAGUGGCGAAAUGCCACCUGGCCAAGUGACAUGCUCGAGUAACUGCCUUUGCAGCUUUAUACUCCAAAGACACGAUAAAAGAGGCGGAAAGAACAUGGAGGAAAAAAAAGAAACAGGGAGAGGAGAUUCAACACCGAAUUUCCAUCAAUCCGGAGACGAACCACUGUCAGAUUUGGAAGAACACCAAUGAUUCUAUGGUUGUAGUUUCUUGUGGAUAGUAUGAGUGACUAGUUUCUUUCAUUGCUCUUGAGAGAUUGAAAUAUGGAUUUUGUUAUGAAAUUAUGAAUUUCUUCGGUUA